AUGCGCAGAUACUCUUUAUCGUCUCUAUUCUCUUCUCUUUAGGGCUGGCUCCUGAAGACUGAGUACUGCAGGCUACAGUCUCCUUUGCUUUCAUUCUUUGCGGACAUAGUCUCCCCACGACAAAGAAACUCCCAUGGCUUCGGAAGGAUCAACUUUUUUGCUGUCGAACAAGCAGUUUUCGAAUUACUUUGUCUACUAUCAUGAAAUGGUACCAGAUGGAGAGUUACUCUCUGGAUCAAGAGCUAGAGAGUUCUUUAUGCUGUCAAAUCUAUCAAUGGAAGUUUUGAGCAACAUCUGGAGAUUAUCAGAUAUUAACGAAGACGGAAUGCUUGAUGCUGCCGAAUUUGCUGUUGCGCUUCACUUAACUCAAACCUGUUUGGCCGGUUCUCCCCUCCCUCCUUCUCUUCCGCCUGACCUCCUGUCCCUCAUCCAAAAGGUCACCAACCCAAAUGGCUAUAUCUCACCAUCAAAGAAUAACCAAGUGUUAAAGUGUCAGUCAGCUUUCCUGUCGUUUUGUGAGAACGUCAAUAAUAAAGGAUAUCUUACAGCUGAGGCUGCAAGAUACUUGCUGACCAAUUCUCAAUUGUCAAAAGCUCACCUCUUCCACAUUUGGAAACUUGCCGAUGCAGAUAAAGAUGGUCGCCUCUCAUUCGAAGAGUUUGUGAUAUCAAUGCACCUCAUCUUUGUAGCUAAACUAGACCAGCCUCUACCAAUACACCUCAACAACAUAACGCUCCUUCCUGAUGAGUUUAACUUGACUGCUAAAAGAGUUGCUGCUCUCGUCUCUGAAAAACCUUCCUGUAGAGAAUCCACUCCGCCUCCUUCCAUCCCAAUGUUCGUAGUACCCACUGAGUACCCGUACAUAAGUACCGUCUUCAAAUCCAUACCUCCGGAGAGAUUUAAAAACGGGAAAUUUGACUCUUUUGUUGGAAACCCAUUCAUCAUGAAUAACACAGCGAGUAAUGAGCAGCUCCACAGUAGCACCAGUUCCCUCCAUUCCUCUCAUCUCUCUCACUCAGAGAGUGCUGAAAUUUCUCGUCUCUCUUCCAGUCGUCACUCCUCAGUCAAGAGUCUAGUUGAGGAACGAGAUGAACCUAAAAUGCUUAAAGCAGAAUCAGUCGGGAUUGACGAAGAAUCAUCAUCUAAAAGUAUCAAUUCACCCGAUGUUGAUUCGUCCUCACCUCAAGUAUUUUCACCACCGCCCACGCAAUCAGGUUUUCCCGUGACUCCGCCUCCUCGUGAUGCAUCUCCGCUGACAAAAAGCACGCCCACGCCUCCACCUACCAUAACUGUUUUUUCGCCGACUCAUUCAGAGGGACGACCCCCAGUUCCUCCUCCUCCUAUGUAUGAGUCUAAGCCGCCGCCUUCUCAAUCUAGAGAAGAGGACACACCCCCUCCUGUUCCUCCUCCCCCUGCUGAAUCAGACGGAGAAGAGGAGGAGGAAGAAGAAGAGGAAGUUGAUGAAGAGGCAGCCAAGGCGGAGCUAGAAGAGAUAUCUCGUGCUUCCAACAAGUUCUUGUCUGAGAAUAAAAACAGAGAGGAGGUACCCCGAGAGCCUUACAAAGAUCCUUACGCUAAUGCUCCGGAAAUGAAAACUGCCUCUCAAAAAGGACUCUCGGCCGUUAUCACAGAUAUAUCAAGCACCGGAGAGGCUCCACCUACUGUUGAUCCACAGCAGAAUGGAUCUCAGGGUUCUCAAGGGUCUCAAUCUUCGCUUGAUUUUCUUGCGCAACUUGAAGGACUCGAGGCCGAGAUAAUGAAUGUCCUUGAUGAUACUAACUCGUUUGAUCCCAAUGCUCCUCCUCCUCCUCCAGAGAACAAAACUAAAAUAAUGCCGGUUGUACAGAAACCUUCAAAAGUCGACGAGCCGGACUCGCCUUUUGAAAAGAAAUCGUACACACUUCCCUCUCCGACUAAAGCCAGGUUAGGCUCUGGAGGGUCUGGGUCUUUACUUCUGAGGACUGAAAGAAGAGGAUCCGCCCGUAGCUCAAGCGAUUCAUCAUCAGAACCAUCUCCAUCACCAAGAAGAUACACUGUAGCUGCUUCACCUGCUAGGAAGAAAAUAGCAACUGCAAAUCGUAACUCUGCCAUAUUGGAUGAUCUUGAUGACAUGUUUUCUGCUGAGCUGGCAAGCAUUGAUAAUCUUUUGGAGUCAAAGCAAUCGGAAGAGAAGAAAGCAGAAGAAAGGAGAAAGAAGGAGAGCUUUGAUUUACAAUUGAUGGAGAAGAGAGCAUCAGAGACUCAUAAUCUUCCUGGAUUAAGUGUAUCUAGUGUGGAAGAGUUGGCAAGAAAGAGAGAAGAGGAAAGUGCUCGUAAGCUCAAAGAAUGGGAAGAAGAAAUGAAGCAGAUUGAAGAGACGGCUCUAAAGAAAUAUGAAGAAGAUAAAAAAGUGAAAUUGUCGGAUGAGGAAGCCACUAGAAAGUUGGAGGCAGAAUGGGACGAGAUGCUCGAGCAGGAGUCAAAGAAUAUGAAGGAGGCCUGGGUGAUAAGAGCACAGAAACUAAAGGAAAGAGAAGAGAGAGAGAAACUACAGGAGGAAAUGAGAAAGAAAAUGUUAGAGGAGCAGCAGAAAGAGGUGACAAUAGAAGAAUGGAUAAAGAUAAUGGAAGAAAAGAAAGUAAAAGACAUGUCGCCCGAAGAGAGAGUCCAGUAUGAGCAAAGGAAGAAGGCUUGGAUACAGCGUAGGAGAGAGAAAGAGGAGAAACAAAAAAGAGAAAUGGAAGAAAAGUUGCAAAAAAGCAGAGAAAAAAUGGUCGCAGAAAUCAUGAGGGUGCGUAAUGUCGAGGAGGAGGUUAAGCAGAAGAGACUUGAUAGUGACAAGUUGAGGGAGCUAGAGGAAGAGCAGUUGAGGAGAGAGGCAGAGGAAAGGAAGCAAAGGGUUGAGAUUGCAAAGCAAAGAAAGGAAGAAGAGAAGAUGAGAGAAUUAGAAGAAAGCAAAUCAAAAGCAAAGUCAGCAAUAGCUGCUAGGUGGGAAAAGCAAGUCAAAGGAAGAGAUGCUAAAGAUUACAGAAGUACUGUAUUGAGUAGUUCACCACUGCAGACUGGCUCUACAGGAUCAAGAGAGAAAGACAGACUAGCUCGAAGACUGGGGAACUUGAAAUAAUAUAAAGAAAAAUUUUUGCCAAGAUAGCUUAAUUAAGUAAUAUAUAAUUAAACUAUUACAUGUUUUUGAGAUGUUUUAUGAUUCCGUUGCUUUAUCAAAUUAUUACUUUAGUAAUCAUACUCAAAUUCUCACAAAUUUUAAA